GGCACAUACGAUUUUAUAAUAAUUGGUGCUGGUACGGCCGGUGCUACAACAGCAACGAGGUUGAGCGAAAUUUCUGAAAACAAAAUAUUGCUGAUCGAAGCCGGAUCUCACGAGAAUUUUCUCAUGGACAUUCCCAUAAUCUUUCCAUUUCUAUCUUUGGACAAUAAUAUCAAUUGGAAGUAUAAAACUAUGCCGUCGAACAGAUACUGUCGUGGCAUGAAUGAUAAUAGAUGCUCUUGGCCAAGGGGAAAAGUAGUCGGUGGCAGCAGUGUGUUAAACGGUAUGAUAGCUACUAGAGGAGGAGCUGAAGAUUACGAUCGUUGGGCAGAUAUGGGGAAUGAAGGCUGGGCAUACAAGGACAUUCUCAAGUAUUUUAAAAAAUUGGAAACAAUGAAUAUCCCGAAGUUAAAGUCGGAUAAUACUUAUCAUGGUACUGACGGACCAGUUCAUAUCACUUCUCCGUUAUAUCAAACACCAUUAGCGGAGAUCUUUCUAAAAGCAGGUAAAGAACUGCGAUAUCCAAUAGUAGCUGAUCAUAAUGGAAAAAACAUGAUAGGAUUCUCAUAUCCGCAAACUACG